GAACUAAUCCAAGUUGCGAAAGAUUCUUCCGUGAUUUUGAGACAGCAUGUUGUCCAACUAGAACAAGUUGAAGAGAAUAAAUAUCGAGCAAAUAUAACUUCUGACACGUACAAACUCGACAAUUUCAUGUACAAGGAAGUUACGGAAGCAGAACUUCUAGAAGCAUCAAGAAAACGAAAAGGCAGGAAAAAUAUUUGUAAAAACAGUGAAUCAAGUGAUGGCAACACCAGAGAUAAAUAGGACCAGGAGGACGUCAACCACGCCUAAGCAUGGACAAUUGACUGGUUUUCCAAGAAGAAUUAAAGAUUGUGUAGCGGACAUACACAAUGCAAUACAGAAAUGGGAGAGUUCAAAAAACAAAGGAUUCAAUUUAGUAUCUGAUAUUGCCAAUUUAAAGAUAGCAUCAAGAGCAUAUGAUGAGGCAUCUUGUUAUCCUAAUGGUUUGGAGAACAUGUGUUCAAAUUUAAAAAUUAUUUAUGACAACAUGGAAAAUUUAUGUAUCAAGAUGAACAAAAUAACUGUGCAACUUCAAAAAAUAGCAAAAUUGAAUUCUCAGAGCUCAAGUGACAUUUACUUUAUGACAUGGCCAGCUUCAAAUCUUUUUGAGACUGUCAAACAAAUUUCUGAUAUGCACAAAGAAGAAUUAGAAGCUAAAAAAGCAAUUGUGGAAAGUAUUGCUCAUGUUGACCUGAUGUCAAAUGGAGAAAUUAGAGACACAGACUCUAGUCGUGAUAUACUGAUGACAUAUGUGGCAUGUUGGCUCCAUGAACCUUUUAUUAAUGAAGAGACGAGAACAAUAAUGAUGGAAGAGUUGUUAUUGGAAACUGGCCAUCAUCAGUAGCUUGUUUCAUUAUAUAGACUUCACUUCAUAACAGUUGAAGAUAGUAGAAUGAAUCGAUUUGAAUAACAAAAAUUGAUUAAUGUUUUAUUCCACUAAUACAAAAAUCCACUGUUUAUUUGGAUAUUGCUUCAA